AUGUCUAAAUCUUUCGAGUCUGGUCGUGGAGAAAUAUUUUCGGACGUGGAUGUAGUGGUGAUUGCAUUGAGUAUGAAGGUCUGGUACUUGGUACUUGCUGGCAGUGGCAAGGCGAUAUUAAUAUGUGAAGAGCCCUUGAACACCAGAAGCGGAGAUGGAACUUCCCGGUGA